AUGGCGAGGGAGCGGAGAAGGACCGGGCAGGCCGGCAGGGAGGCAGCCAAGGAGGUAAUAUUGCUGGACUCUAAAGCACAACAGACAGAGUUGGAAUGGAUUUCCUCACCUCCCAAUGGGUGGGAAGAAAUUAGUGGACUGGAUGAAAACUACACUCCUAUACGAACAUACCAGGUAUGCCAGGUGAUGGAAUCAAACCAAAACAACUGGCUUCGGACUAACUGGAUUGCAAAAAGCAAUGCACAAAGGAUUUUUGUAGAACUGAAAUUCACUCUGAGGGAUUGUAACAGUCUUCCUGGAGUUCUGGGGACUUGUAAAGAAACUUUUAACUUGUAUUAUUAUGAAACAGACUACGACACUGGCAGGAAUAUCCGAGAAAACCAAUAUGUAAAAAUAGACACUAUUGCAGCAGAUGAAAGUUUUACCCAGGGUGAUCUUGGGGAGAGAAAAAUGAAACUUAACACAGAGGUGAGAGAAAUUGGACCUUUGUCCAAAAAAGGAUUCUAUCUUGCAUUUCAGGAUGUAGGGGCCUGCAUUGCUUUGGUCUCUGUCAAAGUCUACUACAAGAAGUGCUGGUCCAUCAUUGAAAACUUAGCAAUUUUUCCUGAUACAGUGACUGGCUCAGAGUUUUCCUCUUUAGUUGAAGUACGAGGAACUUGUGUCAGCAGUGCAGAGGAGGAGGCAGAGAACUCGCCGAAGAUGCACUGCAGCGCAGAGGGGGAAUGGUUAGUGCCUAUUGGAAAAUGUAUCUGCAAAGCAGGAUACCAGCAAAAAGGAGACACGUGUGAACCUUGUGGCCGUGGGUUCUACAAAUCCUCCUCACAAGAUCUGCAGUGCUCCCGCUGCCCUACUCACAGCUUCUCUGACAAGGAAGGAUCUUCAAGAUGCGAUUGUGAAGAUAGCUAUUAUAGAGCACCUUCUGAUCCACCAUAUGUCGCAUGCACAAGACCUCCAUCUGCACCACAGAACCUCAUUUUCAAUAUCAACCAGACUACCGUGAGUUUGGAGUGGAGUCCUCCUGCUGACAAUGGGGGAAGAAAUGAUGUGACCUACCGUGUUUUGUGCAAGAGGUGCAGCUGGGAGCAGGGUGAAUGUGUUCCCUGUGGGAGUAACAUUGGAUAUAUGCCCCAGCAAACUGGAUUAGUAGAUAACUAUGUCACUGUCAUGGACCUGCUAGCUCAUGCUAACUACACGUUUGAAGUUGAAGCUGUGAAUGGGGUUUCUGACUUGAGCCGUUCCCAGAGGCUUUUUGCAGCUGUCAGUAUUACCACCGGUCAAGCAG